GAGUUCGACGACUUUGAGGAGCAAAUCGUCGAGUCUUGCACAGUUGCACUUCAUUUCUCCCAGCUUGUGCAGCUGCUUGCUGAUUAUAUAUCAUCAUCUUGGAGAGCUGAGUAGCCGUCUCUUACGAAUUGCUCUUCAACAUUACUGAAGAUUGAGGAUGACGCAAGGCACAACCCAAUUAUUUAGCAGCGGAUUUGAGACUGCAUCGUUUGUGGCCAGCUCUGGUCUUCUCUCCGCUCCAUGGAAUCUUAUCGCCGACCUGAACGCAGAAGCCCAUCCAAACGAGAAUCUAUUCUGGAAAAAGCUUAGCAAUGAAUCAGAUUUGACGAUUAUAGCGUUUGGGACUGCCCAAAACCGUGUCCGACCUGAUUUGCUUUGCUCUUCGGACAUGAUGGAUAACCCCUUCGAAUUUCUCUGUUCCAAGAAAAACCCCUACUUCUCGCUUAAUGAAGCCGCAAUGUCCCUCUUCAAUGAUCAUCGACAGAGUCUUGGUCAACUAAAAUCAGAGAUCGAUCUCCGGAAACGUGUGAUUGUCACUGGGCAUGGUGUUGGAGGAUCACUUGCUUCUCUUUUCACUCUGUGGCUGAUAGAGAAGAUGGGUUUAUCAGACAAGCCUCCACUCUGCAUCACCUUUGGUUCUCCACUGAUCGGAGACAAAUACCUGCAACAAGCCAUAUCACGUAGCAGCAUUUGGAACUCUUGCUUUCUGCAUGUAGCCUCUCACCGUGACCCACUGGUUUCCUCUUUCAUUUCCAACGAUUCGUACAGGCCCUUCGGAACAUUCCUCUUGUGUUCUGAUUGCGGUUCUACUUGUUCUGAGAACCCCGAUUCUAUUUCGAGGCUUCUGAAGGAAAUGAGUACCCCAAAUCAAGGAUCGCAAAUCCCAGCAUAUGGAAAUAUUGCGGAGAGGCUCAGUAGUAAGGCAGUUUGCAAGGACUCUGAUGUUCCCAAUAUUGCUCACAAUUUACUACAGGCGAGCCUCGUUUUGCAGUUGCCGGCGCUGGGAUUUUCAGAUUCAGAAUUGUCGCAGAAUCUGGUGAAAGAUCUGGAGAGGGACGAGCUGCUGCUGACUCUGAAUAAGAGGAAACAGUUUAUCCCUCACAAGAGGCUGGAUGAAAUGAAAACGUAUAUGGCCCAACUGGAGUGGUACAAGAAAACUUCUAAGAAUCGGAGAACAGGGUACUAUGACAGUUACAAGAACGAUUGGUUUCCAAGGGACCAGGACAUUGCCACGUUCGUCAAAAUCCUCAACAAUUACUGGAAAGAUAUGGUUGAAGAGGUAGAGAUUCGUCCCCAGAAAGAAGCUGCACCUUUUCGUACCCGGUGGCUUUAUGCUGGGACUAAUUACAGGAGAAUGGUCGAACCAUUGGACAUAGCUCGGUACUACAAGGACGGAGGACAAGACUACAUAUGUAAAGGAAGAUCUGAGCAUUACAAACAGCUACAGAAGUGGCAGGAAGAAGAUCAGAAGAGGUGGAUAGAAAAACAAAAGGGGCAUGAAGAAGAUAAGAAAGCAGAGCCGAUAAAUAGAAAGAAUGUGCAAUCUAUGUUGACGAAGGAUUCCUGCUUCUGGGCACACGUAGAAGAAGCUCUCAUUUCGCUGCGAAAAUGCAAGGCUGCAGGGUCCAGUGUGGCAGAGAAGCAAGAGGCGAUGAAGAGAUUGGAGGAGUUUGAGGAGUAUGUGUAUGGGUUGCUGAAGAAUUAUACAGUGUCGCCGGAGAUUUUCUUGGAGGAGAGCAGCUAUAUGCGCUGGUGGAACGACUACUUCAGAUUGAAGGGAUCUUCACAUGGCUCCCAACUAACCAGCUUCAUGAAGAAUUAUGCUAUGUAUGAGAAGGGUGAAUAUGAUUUCUCCGGAGAGUAG